AUGCUCGUCCUCUCUGGCGCGAGCGCCGCGGGCUUCGCGGCGGCCACCAACGCGCAAACUCUGACACCGCGCAACGAACCGUUCCAGCUGCUCUACGCGCCGCACUUCGGCAUGUUCCGACACCAUGCCGAGUCGCUGGAGGACCAGCUGCAAUUCGCUGCAGAGCAUGGCUUCCGCGCAUGGGAGGACAAUGACAUGGGCAGCCGUGACGAGGCGACUCAACGCCGCCUCGCCGCCAAGAUGGAGAAGCUUGGCAUGCAGAUGGGUGUGUUCGUCGCCCACUGCGACUUCUCGAAGCCGACGUUUGCAUCAGGCCGCAAGGACCAUCAGGACCUCGUGCUGGCCGACAUUGACAGAGCUUGCACGAUCGCAGGGCGCGUGAACGCGAAGUGCUGCUCAGGCGGAGGCGCCGUCGCGCCCACGCAACACAAGAAGAUGGAUGCGAGCAACACGUGCAGGAGAGGCGACAUCAUAAUAUCGUAA